GUCACUGGGAAGAUGGCAGCUCCCAGAGGACACGCGUUAGUGCACCGGGUCCUGGCGGAAUGUCCGAUCACCAAAGCCCGGGCCUGCGAGCUGACUUUACCGCACGGGCCGGUGAAGACCCCGGUGUUUAUGCCUGUGGGGACUCAGGGGACGAUGAAGGGGAUCACGGCCGAUCAGCUGAGGGAUCUGGGCUGCCAGAUCUGCCUGGGAAACACCUAUCACCUGGGCAUGAGGCCGGGUCCUGAAGUGAUGAAGAAAGUGAAUGGCCUGCAUGGUUUUAUGAAUUGGGACCGGAAUCUUCUCACAGACAGUGGCGGUUUCCAGAUGGUGUCAUUGGUGGAACUCUCCAAGGUGACAGAAGAGGGCGUGCAUUUCACAUCUCCCUAUGAUAACAGAGAGAUCCUACUCACUCCAGAGAAGUCUAUUGAGAUCCAGAAUGCUCUUGGCUCCGACAUCAUGAUGCAGCUUGAUGACGUGGUGAGCAGUACAAUCUCUGGACCCCGCGUGGAGGAGGCUAUGUACAGAUCCAUCCGCUGGCUAGAUCGCUGCCUUGCUGCCAAUAAACAACCAGAGAAGCAGAACCUGUUUGCCAUUAUCCAGGGAGGACUUGAUGCUGAGCUCCGCAAGAAAUGUUUAGAGGAGAUGACCAAACGAAAUGUCCCUGGCUUCGCUAUUGGUGGCCUCAGUGGAGGGGAAGAGAAAGAUCACUUCUGGAAGAUGGUGACCCUCAGCACGGACCACUUACCCAAAGAAAAGCCUCGCUACCUCAUGGGGGUUGGAUAUGCCACUGAUCUCGUGGUGUGUGUGGCCCUCGGUUGUGAUAUGUUUGACUGUGUUUUUCCUACAAGGACAGCUAGAUUUGGCUCGGCUUUGGUUCCGUGGGGUUCUUUGCAGAUAAAAAGCAAACAAUAUGCAAAAGAUUUCCAACCUAUAAACAAAGACUGUAAAUGCCCCACCUGCCUGAGAUACACCCGCGCCUACAUCCACGCCUUGUUUAAAAGUGACACGGCCGCCAUGCAUCACAUCACAAUCCAUAACAUCGCUUACCAGUUGAAUCUGUUGCAUUCGGUGAGGGAGAGCAUUCUACAGGGACGCUUCCCCCAGUUCAUUCAGGAUUUCAUGAAGACCAUGUACAGCACAAAGGACAAAUACCCACAUUGGGCUGUUGAUGCUUUAGAGACGGUCAAUAUCACCCUACAAUAACUCCAUCAUUGAUUCAACAUUCCCUCCACUUCUGGGCUCCCAUCAUCACUGACACACAAGUUACUGUAUUGGAUCCAUUCCUGUGCUGCCAUCAUGACCGGACGGUUCUAGAAACAGAUCUGUGUGUAGGAUCUUAAAACCAAACUUAU